AUAAAAUAUGCAUCACCUAAUCAAGCAAACACCCUUUCCUCUCUAUGCUCCUCUACCUAUUUAUACAAACCCCAUCAGAUGCUUUUUGUGAAAACAGAAGCCAAACAGAAGGCAAUAGGAAGAAAAAAAAAUGGCUACUUCUCAUUUUUCAUCUCUAGUAUUCGUAUACGCAUUUCCCUUCCUUUGGUUUGCAGUCACGGAGGGUACAGGUGUAACGAGGCACUACACAUUUGAUAUCAAGUUGCAAAAUGUGACGCGGUUGUGCCAUACGAAGAGCAUGGUUACUGUGAACGGGCUGUUUCCAGGGCCUCGCAUUGAAGCUAGGGAGGGUGACCGUCUUCUCAUAAAAGUAGUUAACCAUGUUCAAAACAAUAUAUCAAUUCACUGGCAUGGCAUUAGGCAGCUCAGGUCCGGAUGGGCCGAUGGGCCUGCAUACAUCACACAAUGCCCAAUACAAACUGGGCAGAGCUAUGUGUACAACUACACUAUCGUUGGCCAAAGAGGAACUCUCUUCUGGCAUGCCCAUAUUUCGUGGUUAAGAUCGACUGUCUAUGGUCCUUUGAUCAUUCUUCCCAAGCCUAACACCUCCUACCCAUUUGUCAAACCAUACAAGGAAGUUCCCAUCAUCUUCGGUGAGUGGUUCAAUGCAGAUACUGAGGCAAUAAUAAGCCAAGCCCUACAAACUGGUGGUGGUCCAAAUGUCUCUGAGGCAUAUACCCUCAAUGGGCUUCCAGGCCCAUUGUACAAUUGCUCUGCCAAAGAUACAUUCAAGCUGAGAGUUAAGCCAGGGAAGACCUACCUUCUUCGCCUGAUCAACGCGGCACUCAAUGACGAGCUCUUCUUCAGUAUCGCAAACCACACUCUCACUAUCGUCGAAGCCGAUGCCAUUUACGUCAAACCGUUCGAGACCAGCAUCCUCCUCAUCACCCCCGGACAGACCACAAACGUUCUUCUCAAGACCAAACCGUUUUUUCCGAGCGCCACUUUUCUCAUGAUGGCUAGACCGUACGCCACUGGCCAAGGCACGUUUGACAAUUCCACCGUGGCAGGCAUUCUGGAAUACGAAUCGCCCUCUCUCCACUCUCCAAAGCCGAUGAAAAAAUUACCACUCUUCAAACCAGCAUUGCCGGCUCUAAAUGACACUUCCUUCGCCACCAAUUUCACAAACAAACUCAAAAGCUUAGCCAAUGCUCAAUACCCUGCCAAUGUGCCCCAGAAAGUCGAUAAGCGUUUCUUUUUCACAGUAGGCCUUGGAACAAAUCCAUGUGACCAAAACCAAACAUGCCAAGGGCCAAAUGGAACAAAAUUCGCGGCUUCUGUCAACAACAUAUCCUUCAUACAACCAACCAUGGCCCUGCUCCAAUCCCACUUCUUUGGGCGAUCAAACGGCGUUUAUAGCCCGUAUUUUCCAUUCAACCCAACCCAUUGGUUUAACUACACGGGUAACCCGCCAAACAACACUAUGGUGGGAAAUGGAACCGAGGUUUUGGUGCUGAAUUUCAAUACUAGUGUGGAGGUGAUAUUGCAGGACACAAGCAUUCUUGGAGCUGAGAGCCACCCACUUCAUCUCCACGGGUUCAACUUCUUUAUUGUGGGCCAAGGGUUCGGGAACUUCGACCCGAAUAACGACCCGAAAAAAUUCAAUCUUGUUGACCCCAUGGAGAGGAACACAGUGGGUGUGCCCUCUGGUGGUUGGGUUGCUCUCCGAUUUCUAGCUGACAACCCGGGGGUAUGGUUCAUGCACUGCCACCUGGAAGUCCACACCAGCUGGGGAUUGAAAAUGGCUUGGCUUGUUUUAGAUGGAAAGCUUCCGAACCAAAAGCUGCUUCCUCCACCGUCAGAUCUUCCCAAAUGUUGAUGACUUUUUAUUACCCUCCAUUUGCAGUGAUAUCCGACUUGAAAUUAUUAUUUUUUCUUGUUUAAUUGUUUCACCCAUAUUGGGAUUUUCUUUUUUGUUUUCUUGAGAAGUGUUGUUUAAGUUAAAUACGCAAUUGUAUCCCGGGAAAAUUGAAUGAAGAAGAGUGGAUCAACUUAUUUUUUGUACCCUUCAAAA